AUGUCACAAUUGAAGGUUCUAAUAUAUGGGAACCAUCCUAACCUGGCGUUGUACGCUUGGAGGUUUCAAUUUGCGAAAUCUGUUGACUUAUACCAUGUGAGUGAUUCGAAAAGUAAUGAGUUCAGCAUCGAGACGCAAUCGUAUGGAACCGAUACGUUCCGGUUGCAGAAACAUUUCAAUGGGUUUAAUGAGUUGAAACUGAGCUUGGAGACAGAUUCGGAGAAAUUCGAUCUUGUGAUCUUGUCUGCUUCGUCGUUGCAAGAGAUCUCGAGCAUCACAACGCAGUUGAAUUCGGUUAUCAUGAACAAUACCAAGAUUUUUGUAGAGAGUUCGGGUUUUGUACAGUUGGAACCGUUCAUCAGGAUGUCGGUAUCCUCUCCGCAAGUGAAAGUUUUCUCAUUGAUAUCGGAUUAUGACAUCAGGGCUGUGGCAUCAAACCGGUACGUUCAAUUCAACGGUGGUAAUAAGUCCAAGAAGCAAACGAUUUUCAUUGGUGAGACAGGGUCUUUGAAGACCCAAUCGGCUUCAAACUCAUACCCAAAACAGAUUUCUAGUUUGUUAACUACGUUCCAUUCACUAUUCUUGAAAUUGUUCCCCGACGAUGCCAUAGAUACUUGCAAUUUUUCACCGUUAGAUUUCUUGACACAGCAAUGGAAGUUGGCUAUCCCAAGGGUAUGUUUCGAUCCACUAUUGGUUCUUUUCGAAGAGUUUGUUCCAAAGCGAUUACAUCAACAAAUCUUGGCCAAGCCUUUGAUCUCGGGUCUCGUUACUGAGAUAAUCACGUUGACUAGAACCAUGGGUGCUAGAUUGCCUUCCGGUUACGAUACAGAAAGCGAUCUUUUGGAAAGAUGGGUCGCGGAUAAUGGUGAAAACAACUACCCCUCGUUGUUGUACCAUUUCGAACAUAGAUCUGCACCACUAGAUAUAGAUUUGUUAUUGCUACAACCGAUCUUACUGGCGGAUGAUUUUACGAUAAAGACACCCUAUUUGGAGUUCUUAUACUCUAUGAUGUGUCAAUUCAAGAAAUUGAACAAUGAUGAAUCUAAAUUGUUUACAAGAUCUGAUAAAGUAUCCAAGUUAAGAGAUGAACUCGGUCAACUAUCGUUGCUCAAGGGGACUCUUAAGGAUAAAGAAACGGAAUUCAACCUAAAGCUCAACGAAUCGAAGGAGGCUUAUCAGAACGAAAUAAACUCUAGAGACAGCCAAAUUUCGAUGUUGGGAGAUCAAUUACAACGAGAACAAUCUCAAAAUUCAUCUUUGAGACGCGAAUUGAUCGCUAUACAAUCUGAACUUUCGACAUUAAGACAACUGCAAAGUCAAAACCAAAGUCAAACUCAAUCUCAAUCUCAGCCUCUAUCGGAACCACGGACUCCGGUUGAACCAACAAGUCAAGUGCCUGAGCAACAAUACACUGAGACAGGAACUCCUGUACUGCGCGACAUCGAGGAUAUGGCUGUUUACGCCAUUCCAUAUGCCGAAUCUCCAGUGCAGGACUCCCUCGGCAUCAAUGGCGAAAACCCAGCAUCAACGAAUGCUGCUGUGGCAGGAGCAUCUGCGGCUGCAUCUGCUGCAACACCACCGUCAUCAGCUCCGUUGUCAGCGGAUGAACAUGCAUUAAGAGAAAGAGAACUGAAAUUACGCAGAAGAGAACUAGAAUUACAGGAAAGGGAACUACAGUUGCAAAAGAAACAGUCUAAAACGAUGUUGAAUCAAAAAUAUGCUCAUGCGCAGAGCAAAAACGGUAUGUCACCGAACGAGAAUCCAUCACAAUAUUCAAAUCAAAUGCAAAAUAGGAAAUUACAUGGACAAUCAUAUAUGGGGAAACCACCUCAAGGAAUUCCAGGUCAAUACAUGGCUCCUCAUGUACAACAACAACCACUGCAGCAAGUUCCUCAACAGCAUCGUCAGCAUUCAAGUGUAGGUCUCCCAGGAAUGCCGGGCGUAGGAGGCUACUCUGGGUCCGUUGUUGGAAUCAACGGAGGUGGACAAAGACCAAUGAACGGGUUUGGAAUAUCACAAAAUAUGUUAGAUGGGGCAGCACCAAUGGGAUCUAAUGGGUUUGGACCUAAAACAUUCCAAAAAACAAGCAGGAAGAAUAGGCGCAGUAAUAUGCCAAUGUUAAGAAAUCCAUCAAAUACGAUGCUAAGCGAUUUCAACAUGCCACAAGCACCAACUGGUCAACAGAGGUUCAAUUCUCUGUCUGGUAACCUCCCUCCACUUUCCAUGAAUUACCAUAAUGGUUCCAUGCCAAGACUGAACGGUAACCCUAAUCCAAUGAGAACUGGUUCACAAGGCCAACUAUCAAAUUUGCCAACACAACCACAACAACAGUACCAACCGGUUCCAAACGGGAUGAGACAAAUCAGUACCAGUACAAUGCUCGACGAGGGUGAGUCUACUGCCUCUGUGAUUCAAAGACCUCCAAAUGCUUUCCAACAACAGCAGCAGGAACAGCAGUUUGGAUCGAAUUCUAAUUCAAACCCAAAUUCAAAUGUAAAUCUAACCUCAACUUCCAACUCUAAUUCCUUCUCAAACUCUAAUUCCCAUUCAACAUCUCCUCCACCAUUAGAAUCUGAUAUAUCAUCAACCAAUCCACCAUCUUCGUCGAAAACAAACCUUUCCCCAGUGGAACCACAGGACAAACUACCAUCAGAUUCUAAUAACGAACAAAAUCAGAAAUCAAAUGAAUUAAAGAAGUCCAAGUUCUCCUUCUUUCAUUCUAAAAAGAAAUGA